AUGGCGACGAUUUCAGGCGACAGAACUGCUCCUAGCAGCGGCGUGUCGACAAAUACUUCUCAUCCAUAUACCUGCAACACAUGUCAGGUUGCCUUCCGCAAUAGCGACCUUCAGAGGGGACACAUGCGCAGCGAUUGGCACCGUUACAACCUACAGCGCCGUGUUGCAACACUACCCCCCAUCUCGUCCGAAGUAUUCACGGAGAAGGUUCUCCAGGCUCGAGCUGAGACGACCGCACAAGCCGACAAGGCUGGCUUCGAACGGGCCUGCGAGACAUGCCAAAAGACAUACUACAGCGAGAACUCGUUCCGGAAUCACCUCAGCAGCGCGAAACACAAGGCGAAAGCCGUCGCCUUGGCAUCGCAGUCGAAUGGCAAGGUCGACGACGAGGCGGGCUCCAUGUCCUUCUCUCUGGGCGAGCCGGCGGCAGACUCGGUGGUGGAUUCGGACGCUGAGGAGGAGUUCAACGAGGUUGUUGAAGGGCUCAAGAACACUGCACUUCACGAGUCUACCUCACCCGUCAAGCGGCCCUCGAAUCCCCAUUUAUCCGCCGAAGCCCAAAACAAGCCAGAGCACCCCCUAUCACAGACGUCAAGCGAGGAAGAGUCAUCCACGGAAACCCCCUCAGCACCAACCCCGACGGGGGCCAAGCCGGCCCCGGCUCCGUCGCUCAAGACAUGCCUCUUCUGUAACUACGAGUCUCCGACACCGCCGCUCAAUGUAUCACAUAUGGAACGUAUUCACGGCAUGUUUAUUCCGGAGAAGCAAUAUCUGGUGAAUCUUGAAGGGUUGCUUCGCCAUUUCCAGGAGCAGGUCUUCGCUCUGAACCAAUGCCUCACUUGUGGAAAAUUUAAGUCAAACGCAUUCGCUGUGCAGACACACAUGCGUGACAAGAGCCAUUGCCAAAUCCCGUACACCACCGAGGAGGAGCAGGUUGAGAUUGGCGAGUUUUACGACUUCCGCAGCACUUACUCUGACGGGGAUGAAUGGGAGGAUGAGUCGGAUGACGAAGGGCAACAGAACGGCGGUGCCAAGCUCGGGGCGAAGCGCGAAAGCAAGGUCACCGGGGAGGACGGCGAUGAAGUUAUGGAGGACGAGACUUGGGAGACAGACAGCGAGGCAUCAUCCCUCGACUCCAACGAUCUCCACGCUGUCCCCGCGGAUCAACAUUAUCACCAGUACGACCGCCUCAACAAGCACCCUCAUCACUCGCGAAACACUUCUCGUAGUCAUCACCAAGCAGACGGUUGGCACGCCCAAAGCCACAAACGGCCCCAAGCAGUUUUCCACGACGACUACGAACUCCAUCUUCCGAACGGAAAAUCUGUUGGUCACCGGUCACUCAACAGGUACUACCGACAGAACCUUUACCACUACCCGACUCCGGAGGAGCGGGCGGAGCGCCUCGCCAUCGAGGAGGCUGAGAGGGAGAACGAGAUGGAUGUUGACGGCGAGGAACGUCGUCCUCGUGGGCGGGCACUGAUAUCCAGGGACGUGAGGGGUCUCGGCGUCGCUUCUCUCGAUGACCAGCAGACAAGAAGCAUCGUCAACAAGGGCAAGAAGGAGGAAUGGGCAAACCAGAAGAGCAAGGGCAUGUUGCAGACGCGGCUGGCGAUCAAGGAGAAGGCGCCUCAUCCGGCCACGUACCUGCGCUGA